AUGGAACCAUCGGGCAAAUCCACCAGUAGGUCGAGCCGAAAGCCAGAAAAACCGAACAGCAAUGUCUAUCACACUCCACAGCGACGGGCAGGAACAUCUAAAAUGCCUGACGAACACCCGAUGGAAGAAAUAGACCAACCAGUCGACGAUGAGAAAAAAGACCAAGCAAGUGAUCAUGAAAAAACUGCUAGAAAGCGCAGGUCUACAUUUGAUCCCAAAUUUAAAGGAUGGCGAGGUCCAGUUCACGAAGGAUCAAGUUUAGCUCGACCAAGUUGCUCUGGGUCUAUUCCUGCAAGCCCGGUUUCAAAGAAGAGUUCCACGUCCAGAGCCUGUACGUCUUCCUCAAACGAUCAAAGCAGACCAUCAUCCAGCAGCGCAGUCAUCGACAAUAACUACUACCGCUCAAUAAUUAGACGAUCUAUUACGUCAUCAAGACAAGUGCCCAGAGUUCCGAUUGUUCCUCGAAAUGUCAGUGUUCCAAAUGUUGACUGGGAAGGAGUUGUUAGAAUCGACAGUCGAGAUAGCUGUGUUCAUAGGCAAAGUGCAUUUGAAUGGGAAAGACCUGAUUCUCCAGACGUGCAACGCCUGCCUCGAACAAGAGCACAUGCGCAGAUCAGUUCUACUAGGUGUGCUUCUAGCGCAUGCGUUUCAAAUGUGAGUAUAACAGCAGCAAGAGAAAGCAGAGCACCACAGGAGGAUGAUCAUAGAACAGUCAACUCUGGAGCUGCGAGACAACAUGGAGAGACUAAUGUAUCAGAAGUCGAAAUUCAAAGAGAUAUUGAUGAAAGUGGACGAAUGAGUAACCYGAUAAGAGAAGUCAUUCGGAUGAAAGCCAUCAAUAGUCAACUGAAAGAAGAGAUAAGUGAUUUGAAGAAACGAGACAGACAAAAUCCACAAUGAACAUAA